CCCCUCUCCCCCUCUAUUAAGUUUCAAGCGUCUCUUCUUCCUGAACUGAACAACACACACACGAAACAGGGGACUGGACGGAAAACAGACUCGGCUCUCAUGGUCCUUGCCUCCGUCUCCUCCCAUUUUAUCAUUUCUUUACUUCGUCCGCCCCUUACCUCAUUGUAUCUCUGUUCAUAUCUCUUUCUGUCUAAUUUCAUUAUUCUGCCCACCUAUUAUCAUUUGAUCCUGUGUUCACUCUGACCGCUUUUGCUCAAUUUACCCAUCCAUCACAGGAUAGUUGAUAGCUGUGUCUCCUCUUUUUUAAUAUAUUAUUUCCAAACCUACUCCUUCUUCACACUUAACCUCUCCCUGUUUUCUUCCUACUAACCCAUCCUUGCAUUUUCCCAUCUAAUAUUAGCUCCUCAAAUAAUUAGCCUUAGUUCUUUCCCUUGGUCUUCCUCGGGCCUGGCCAGUUGAGGUCACUAUGUGGUCCAACUUCUUCGUACAGCAGGAUGAGGAUGGUCGCGUUGGGGUGGCAGGGGCUGUACAAGGUGGGGGUUUGGGUGGAAUAAAAGGAGGAAGGGGACAGAGGAGGAUCCACAAGAUGAGUGACAGCCAGGAGGGAAAGAUCAAGCUGGCCUUCUUUGUGGCUAUCAUUGGCGUGACCCUGACGGUGUUGGGCAUGGGAACAGAGUUUUGGGUGGAGCUGGCCCAACCAAAGAAUUUCAGCGGCAACCAGACCUGCCAGAUGGCCCAUUAUGGCCUAUGGAAGGGCUGCAUCCGCACCCUAUGGGUGGCUGACAUAGACCCAGAGAGGACGAGCUGCGGCCCUGCUGAACUACCUGGAGAAACCAACUGCACCUACUUCAAAUUCUUCACCUCUGGGGACAAUGCAGUCAUAUUCAAGAAGACGACUAACAAGAAGCUGAAUCUAGCAGCAGCUGUCUUAGCCCUUUUGAGUCUGACCAUGAUGGUGAUGGGCUCCAUCUGUAUCGGCAUGUCACUCAGCAAAGGAGUGCCCUUCUUUCUCAAGCCAGCCUCGUUCUGUUUCAUCAUCUCAGGUGUACUGGUCCUUUUCUCUAUCCUGUUGUUCCACCAGUCUGUGCUGGCCUUGCUGUCCAGUGAUCACACUAUACCUUUACACCAUGAGCUGUCCUGGUCUGUGGCCUGUGUGGGCUCAGCAGGAGCCAUUCUUAUUUUCGGAGGUUUCCUCUUCAUCAUCCUCUCCCUUCCUUUCAACCCGUGGCAGAAGUGCUUUCCUCACAAGAAUGGCGCCACCUAGCACUUGAAUGAUAAUAAAAUAUGCAUACAGUGUUCUUGAUGUCUUGUUUGAGAGCAAGUGGAAACAUUGGUUUCCUGAAGGCUGUGACUUUGCUUGUUCUCAGCAGAAAUCAUACAAGGUCUUAAUCAAAUGUAUGAAGAGAAGUCAGCAACACAUUAGUGAGGCCUCCAGAAUUUUCAAAAAUGUGUUGUUGUGGGUUUUUUUAAAAUUAGAAAAUAGAUGGAAGGAGCAGCGGGGCUACUGUUGACUGUUACAUUUUUAGCUCUGUGUUUUGUCUACUUUACAAGAUUCACAAAUAGGCUUGUUAGCCUGCCUAUAGCUAUACAUCUACACGUACAGUAUUUCUGCUAGCAUUAGGAUAUAAGUAAACACUCUUUAAAUGCUCAAAGACUUUUCUUUUUUAAUAACCUUGACCUCCUCCUUGCACAGACUUUGUCGCUCUACAGUAACAAAAACUUCCUCCUUUGCUCCCCUUGUAACGGCUGCUAGUGGGCGCUGUCACUUAAAUGUAAGCAUAGGCUGUUUUGAGAUGCUGUUGCUGUCGGACAUUCUCGAAGUUAGACACAAUACAACAUUUUGAGAUUGUAAAUCAAAGGUUUGACUUACCGUUUAAUAUCAAUGAUUUACAAGAGUGUUUUUAUUUUUUAACAUGCCUAACUUUUUAUGUUUUUCCUUCAGGCGGAAAAGAAGUCCCAUUGUUUAAAAUGACUAAAGCCCCAUCAGAAUGUAUCACCUUAACAUACAAUGUCUAUCAUAAUGCUAACAAUCAGUAUGGAGGGGGUCCGUAUUACUUUCUAAGUUUCUUGUCAUAUCGUCUACAUGUUGCCUUAUGAAUAAUCAAUGAGCAUUCUUAAUAUUCUAGCAAUAAGUACUACGAAGCUUUUUUACACUUAAUAUUUGAUAAAGAAGAGGCUUCAUGUUAUUAUUUAUUACUUAUGUGUGUUUUACAAUAUUGUGUGAAUGCUGCUUUAGUAUGAAUGUAUGUUGAAUGAAAUCAACUGUGGGAAGUGAUUAAAAUACCAUUUUGUAUAUCAGAGAAUUGCAUGGACUCACUUUAAGCUCAACUUUGUACAUAAACGGAAUAAAUGUGUUUAUAUUGUAUGAAUGGUGACUGUUCGCAAUGCUGUCUCCUGUCACUUUAUUUUGCAAUAUGUAUGCAAUAAAUACACUUUAAUUAUG